AUGUCAAGGGCAGUCCGAUUUUCCUGCGCGCUGGUUAUGAUCGCGCUCGUCAUUUGCUCAUCUCCAACCGUGGCAACCCCCAAGUCAACUUCUGCGGGUGUCGCGUUGAAUACGCUGCAUUCGUCUCAUGCCCCGGCCGUGAUGAAGCGGCGCUUGAGGAGUACCAUGGCCAUGGAGACGACUGAAACUUCUGAAGAAAGAGCCUCUACCUUUCGUAUUCCAGAAGUGGCUUCCAGCUUCUCCAGCCUGAAGCCCACUUCUGCGGCGAUUUACGAGAAACUUCAACGUUGGGUGUGGCGACUGACGCGGCAAACGCCGGAUAACGUGUUUAAGCUUUUGAAGCUCGACAAAAUCGACAAACCCAACAAGAUCAGCACAGAAGGAGCCAAACUGUUUGAAAACUCACGCUUUAAGAAGUGGGUCAAUUUUGUCGAUGCAAAAUUCUCGAAAGAUCCCAAGGCGAAAGUUGAGGCAAUCUUUGCGAUUCUGGUAGCUCAUUACGGUGACGGUGCUGCAUUGGCUAGGCUUCUCGAUUUUGGAAAGUUGCACAGAGGUGAUAAACCCAUCGCUGAUCUCGCUGCAGCCCUGCAAGUGGCGCAGCUCAAACAUUGGAAUAAGAACGAGAAAACGGUGGAAAACGUCUUAGAGAUUUUGGAGCUGCAUAAGACACAAGGCAAUCCUCUUCUAGAUCCACUCUUUUCGCAGUUGUCCGCUUAUGUCGAGCUUAAACACCCAAACGACCCCGCAGCGGCAACUAAGGCAAUGUCGACGGCUUUUCGAGAAUUUUACAAGGACGACACUGCUUGGGCCAAAUUUCUAGUUGAUGGAACGAAGAGAGACAGUGUGAAUAUCAUCGCCUACGAUUUGCUACAGUCGCAGCUCUCACUGUGGGAGGAAGGAGAGAAAACGCUUUUUACGCAUUUGGGGCUGGAUCAGAUUAAAGAAGGACUGUUUGAAAACCCACUAUUCAAGCAGUGGGUCGCCAUCGUCGAGGAGAUACACUGGGAAACUCCUAAAACGGCAAGUGAUGUAAUCUUGUCAACUCUGGCAGCUCAUUUCGGUGAAAAAGCUGCAUGGGCUGAUAUUCUCGUUGCUGGAACAAAGGUUCCCCGUACGGAAUAUCUAGCCUUAAAGCUGAUGACGAGACAAAUCGUGAGGUGGCGUGACAUUGAAAAAAAAGUGUGGACGAGGUAUUUCAUAGAGGAGCAAAAAGCUAUGUACUCUAGGUCGCGUACAGCGCAACUUGUAGGUAUUUUUUCUAGAUUGGGGUAUGACAAGGCUAUAAAGGCGGCUGAAAAAGCUGAUGCGGUGGCUGAAGAGGCUAAGAAAGCGGCUGAUGAGGCGGCUGAAGAAGCUAAUGCGGCGGCCAUCGAGGCUAAGAAAGAGGCUGAUGCGGUGGCUGAAGAGGCUAAGAAAGCGGCUGAUGCGGCGGCUAGGAAGGCUGAGGAGGCUGAGAAUGCUGUUAAGAAGGCUGAGAUGGCGCCUUAUGAGGCAAUGUUAUCAACCUUACGUCGCCAUUCCAAAAACGAUAUUGCAUUAAGCAAUAGUCUUGCUAUGGGUAUGGAGGUUGACUAUUGGAAGGUGAGACAAACUGCUAAGGAACUGCAAAAGAUGCUUGAUUCGAGCCGACCACAGGAAGAUCUUAGCAAGGUUUCCGCACCUGGAGCUGAAUUAGACAGCAAUUUCGAUGUUCAUGGUUAG